AUGUCCUCCUACGCCCACCUCCUCCCCCCCAGCUGGAAACCCCAAGUCACCGCCUGGCUCGCCGAAGACACGCCCUCCUUCGACUACGCAGGCUUCGUCGUCGGCGAACACCCGCGCACCGCCACCCUCUGGGGGAAAUCCGCAGGCAUCAUCGCCGGGCGCCCCUUCUUCGACGAGUCCUCCGAUGGCAAGAUUAAAGUUGCGACCGUCACGGGCCCUGCGAGAGGGUUAUUGCUCGGAGAGAGAGUUGCGUUGAAUACACUUGCUAGAUGUUCUGGCGUUGCGACGCAGAGCGAGAGAGUCGUGUCCAAGUUGCGCAAGGCUGGGUAUAAAGGCGUCUUGGCCGGCACACGUAAAACUACGCCUGGAUUCAGGCUGGUGGAAAAAUACGGGAUGCUCGUGGGCGGCGCGGACGGGCACCGCAUGGACCUGAGCUCCAUGGUGAUGCUCAAGGACAACCACGUGUGGAGCCGCGGCAGCAUCGCCGAGGCCGUGGCGGCGGCCAAGGCGGUCGCCGGGUUCAGCGUCAAGAUCGAGGUCGAGGUACAAAGCGAGGAGGAAGCCGACGAGGCGAUUGCCGCGGGAGCGGACGUGGUGAUGCUGGACAACUUCACUGGCGACGGCGUCAAGGUUGCGGCGCGGAGCUUGAAGGAGCGGUGGGCUGGCAAGAAGCAGUUUUUGCUCGAGGUAUCUGGAGGACUGCGGGAGGAUAAUGUCGAGCCAUAUGUGUGCCACGAUGUGGACAUUAUCUCGACGAGCUCGAUCCAUCAGGGAGUUCCGCAUGUCGACUUUUCCCUCAAGAUCAACCACUAA